AUCAUGCACUCCACAUUCAUUCUGUCCGUCCUUGCGACCGCCGUCUCGGCUCAACUUUCCACUAUCGAGAAGCACGUUGGAAGCCUCGCCCUCUCCUCUUCCUUCUCACCCGUCAAGGAGUCUUACUGGACCGGCUUGCCCCACCAUCGCCGUACUCCUUUCGCCGUCUCUCCUGAUGGCAAGUCGGCGUACCUAGCCUACCUGGACGCCAGCGAGACUGGUGUUCACAUCCAGCAGGUAGACCCCACAACCUUUGCUGCCGUUGGUACCGCUGUCACUGUUGCUGGUGGUAAGGAGGCCGGUGGUCUCGUUGCCCACAACGAUGGAUUCGCUCUUCUGACCAACGAGGCCCUGCCAUCUGGUACCGCAAACGCACCCAAGGAGAACACUCCCGUCGCCGUGCUCUACCGUUACACCUCCGGCAAGCAGACCUUCAAGACCUUCAUUGGUGGACCAUCCAACCCCGGCGGCAUGGGUAUGAUGGCUUCCCCCGACAUCAACGGUGACCUUGCAUACUCAGAGACCGCCAAGAUGUACGGUGCGUACGUCGUAGUCACCGCUUACUCUGGUGAUGCUGCAGGCCACUUCGGUGAUGCUAUUCAGUACGUUAACGACAAGGGAACACUCGAGCAGGUCCCAGGCGCUAGCUCCUCGUGGGGCUGCUCCCACAACACCGGUAUUGCCUUCGAGGCUGCCGACUCCGCACCUUUCGCCUCCAUCUGCUCGGAGGACCAGGGUGCUAUCUGGCUCAACACUGGUACUUCCGGCAUGGACAAGAGCGGAGUCAAGAUCUCCAACGAGAACGUGACUAACGGUGCCGGUAACGAGGCCAUGGGCGGAAUGUCAGGCUCAUACAGUGGCCUUGCUCGCUUCCAGGACAGCGAUGGCUACAUCUUCUCAUGGGUCUCUCGUGGUGCCAAGGAUCUGUCCAUCAACGACUGGAUGGGUGCCGGCUACACUCACUCUGUCAACCGUACCGUCAACCGCAACGUCGCCAUCGCCACCAUGAGCGACAAGAAGACUCUUGUCGGCGAGCAGGCCACCUCUGAGCUUGUUGCCGAUGGUGACUCCCAAGUCGAAUGGAUCACCCAGGGCUCCGCUGACUGCUCCAACGCUCACGUUGCCACCUUCGACAAGACCAGCGCUCUCGUCACCUGGGAGGAGAUCGCCGAGCCUACGUGCGAGUUCAUCGCCAUGGGCUGCAAGGGUGCAUACACCGGCUCCUACUUCCAGCUUGUCACCAACGGCAAGAAGGUUGGUACUCCCGUCAAGGCUACUGAUGUCUACGUUGCCGGUGACAUGGUUACCAUGGCUGAUGGCCGCAUCUGCUGGCCUUACGUUGAUAUGAAGUGGACUCUCGAUGCCCCCGUUCGCAGCCCAGCUAGCGUCAAGGCUAUCUCCUUCGCCUGCAUGAGCAAUGGUGGCAGCGCUGCCGCUCCCGCUGCUUCGGCUGCUGGUUCCGCGGCCGCUUCUGCCCCUGCUGCUGCCGCUCCUGUUGCUUCCGCCCCUGCUGCUUCCGCCCCUGCUGCUUCCGCCCCUGCUACUUCAGCUCCCGCUGCUUCAACUCCCGCUGUUUCGACUCGUCCUGCUUCAACCCGUGCUUCCUCGACCCGUCACCAGCCCGCUCCUUCGUCCACCUUCACACUCCCAGCGUCUGAGUCAUUCGACCCCACCACCGCACCUGCCUUCACAUCAAGCACUGAUAUCCCCAACCCCACCAUCGGCCCCGAGUCUUCCAGCACUCCUUGCACCGCCGAGGUUCCCCCCACCGAGACUCCUGAGGCUUCCGAGGUCCCCGAGGUCCCUGAGGUUCCUGCUGUCCCCACACCCUACCCCGAGAGCGAAGCCCCCGCUGCCACUCCCCUUCCCACUGAGGCUCCCUCUACUGAGACCCCCGACGAGGAGGACUGCGACGAGGAGCCCGAGGCCACAGCAACAGGCGCGGCCGUACCCCCCGCUCCUGUCUCGCCCACUGGUACUGGCUCUCCCUCGCGUGGCUCUGGCCGCCCCUACCCUACCGGCCAGUGGCAGCACGGUGGCCGCCCCGGCUCCGGCCGUCCCCGCCCCUCCGGUUGGGGAGUGUGGCCCAGCCGCGGUCACGGAAGGCCCACUGGCCGCCCCGGCGCGUUCGAGAAGUACGACUUCGAGAUGGGCAAGCCUACGAGCACUCCCUGCAGCACCCUUGAGACCCGUGUCAAGCCCACUGCCACCGGCGCUGCCUACUAA